AUGGAGGACGUCAAGGCGCUCGUGCAUCAGCGUGGGCAAGUGAAGGCGAGCGUCACCACCAUCGUCAAGGCGCUGGAGAAGGCGGAAGAUGAUCCGAGUCAGGUGAGUCUGCUAAUCUUGAGAGUGUACUCGAAGAAGCUGGAUACUUUCUACAACACUGACUCGGAAGUAUUGGGAACGCUCUCGCGCAUGGAGAGUUGCCCAAUUUCGAUGAUACGUUGCUAUUUCUCAAGGAACAGUGUCGCGUUCUCGAGCGAUGUGAAACAGAUCAACCAGCUGUCGCAAAGUCCUCUGCCGGUGCAGAAGGUGGAGUCCGCGGAACGCGCGGAAUCGAAGCCGCCAGAGCAGAAUGUUUCAGUCCAAUCGUCUUCGUCUCCUCCGCAGCAACCGUCCACCUCAUCACUGUACUCCGAGUACAGUUCAUCCUUGAAGUGUUUGGUCACGCCCAAAAUCACGAAUGCUCUUCCGUCCAAGGCCGUCAAUACGUCUGAUUGGAAAAUUCCGUCCAGAUUUCCGUUGGCUGAUCCGAAGUUUGGAACCCCAGCCGACAUCGAUCUACUCAUCGGUGUUACCGAGUUCUUCCGAGUGUUGAAACCAGGCCAUUUGAUCAUUGGUGAUGGUCUUCCAGAAUUGCGCGAGACGGAGUUGGGUUGGGUUGUCGCUGGAGAGAUCCAAGACGAAUCAUCAGUUGUCGUAAAUCCUCUACAAGUGAAUUCCGUAACAGUUGAGUCUCUUAACGAUGCAAUUAAGCGAUUUUGGGAAAUCGAAGAAGUCGAUGUUCAGUCUGCUUCUUCUACGGAGCAGCAAGAGUGUGAGGAACUGUUCCGUCAGUCGCACCAAAGGGAUUCAGACGGUAGAUUUGUAUUGAAACUCCCAUUCCGAAGUAAUCUGUACCUGCUUGAGGAUAAUAGGUCGAUGGCUCUCCGCCGGUUCUUUUUCCUAGAAAAGCGUUUGCGUAAGCAGCCGGACUUGCAAGCCCAGUACUCAGCCUUCAUCGAAGAGUACGAGCGUUUGGGGCAUUGCAAGGAGAUCCGUGAGAUCGAAGAUCGUCCUGGUAUGAUGAAAUAUUACAUGCCUCAUCAUGCCGUGCUUCGACCCGACAGUUCAAGCACCAAACUAAGGGUUGUCUUUGAUGCAUCAGCUAAGUCGUGUUCCUCAGCCGCAUCACUGAACGAUGUGCUGCAGGUCGGUGCUACUGUGCAGAGCGAUCUGUUCAGUAUUUUGCUGAGAUUCCGAAUGCAUCGUUUCGUGUUUACUGCUGACAUUACUAAGAUGUACAGACAGGUUCGUGUCCACCCUGAUCAAACGUCCGUCCAACGUAUCUUUUGGCGUUCGAAUCCUACAGAAAGGCUCAGGGUUCUUGAGCUGCAGACUGUGACAUACGGUACAGCUGCAGCCCCGUUUUUGGCCACUCAGUCAUUGGUACAGCUGUGUGAGGACCAGGGGCCUGAGUUUCCGUUAGCAGCUCGUAUAGUAGUUGAGGACUGUUACGUAGACGAUGUUAUUUCCGGUACCGAUACAAUCGAAGAAGCCGUUGAAAGCUGCCACCAGCUGCAAGCUCUCCUAGGAAAGGGUGGUUUUCCAGUACACAAGUGGUGUGCUAACAAUGAACUGAUUUUGGCUGACAUUCCCGAAUCCGAACGUGAAAAGCUGCUUCAACUUGAUCAGCUAUCGGCCAACGAGGUCAUUGAGACUCUCGGAUUGAUAUGGGACCCGAUCAGUGACGAGUUUCUCUACGCUAUUGACAAUUCUCCAUCAGAACCUACACCGGUAACCAAAAGACCGGUUUUUUCGAAAUGUGCAAGGCUGUUUGACCCGGUAGGUUUUCUGUCGCCCGUCGUUGUUUUGGCAAAACAACUGAUGCAGCGAACAUGGUUGGCCAAAAUGGAUUGGGACUCUCCUUUGGAAGGAGAUUUGUUGGCUGAUUGGCAGCGAUUUUGUGAAUGCUUGAAGGGCGUGAAUGAAAUCAAGGUUCCAAGACCAGUGUUUUGUUUCCCCUACGCUACUUUGGAAAUACACGGCUUCGCUGAUGCCUCUGGAUUGGCUUACGGAGCUUGUAUUUACGUUCGAUGUGUCGGCGCUGAGGGUGAGUGUAGUGUGCAGCUGCUGUGCAGCAAAAGUAAAAUCGCGCCCCUGCAAGAUAUGACGAUUGCACGAAAGGAACUUUGCGCAGCACUGCUGCUUUCGCGCUUGGUUCGCAAGGUGUUUCCGAUUCUCUCCGUUGAUGUUUCUGUUCUCCACCUGUGGUCGGACAGUCAGAUAGUACUUGCGUGGUUGCGUAAGUCUCCCACAGUGCUUCAGCCAUUUGUUCGAAAUCGUGUCGUUGAGAUUGUCCAAGAGAAUCGGCAUACACAAUGGAACUAUGUUCGAUCGAAGGAAAACCCCGCUGAUGUGGUUUCUCGGGGUCAGUCUCCUGAGGUUCUAAAGGAAAACACGUUGUGGUGGAAUGGUCCAGCGUUCCUUCACUCACAGGACUACGAACCAGCAGGGAUUGAGGAGGUCCGUGACUGCGAGCUCCCGGAAAUGAAGUCGUCGAGUUUUGUUGUGGUCAAUGCGCUCAACGUCGAUGAUCUUCCUAUUUUCAAACGAUUCAGUAGUUUUCGGAAGCUGCAACGUAUCAUGGCUUAUGUUCAACGAUUCAUUAGGAACUGCCACGAGAAGGUUGUUGAAAAUCGCGUUAAAGAAGUUUCUCCUACCAUAACCGAGCUCCGAACAGCACUACAUACGAUAGUAGUGCUGAUUCAAAACGAGGCGUUGUUUGAUGAGAUUCAGCGAGUGGAGAACAAUGAACCAUGUAGGGUAGUCGGCAAAUUGUACGGGAUGGCAGUGGACUGUAUCUGCGCUGGCUACGUUGUGGUGCUCGCGUUCCGCUCAGGAACCGAGCCGGGUGGGAGCAGGAACCCUCGCGUUCCUUCCCAGGAUGAUGGCCACACGUUGGCCGGGCUUCGCCUCAUGAAGCCUCGGUGGUUGAGCUGGACUAGCUUCCGCUAG